AUCUCGAUUGGUACCGUCGGUGUUCCGCUGCGCGGGAGUAGAGGCUGCUGCUUGUCGAAGGUACGCUGACUGUGUGCUGCUAGUGCUAAUUCCGGUCUACGCAUCAGAAAACAUGGCUCGGGAUUUCAGACCUGGAGACUUGAUCUUUGCCAAGAUGAAGGGUUAUCCCCAUUGGCCAGCCAGGAUUGAUGAAGUUCCAGAUGGGGCUGUUAAACCGUCCAAUGUCAAGUUCCCUAUCUUCUUCUUCGGCACUCAUGAAACGGCAUUUCUUGGACCAAAAGACAUAUUCCCAUACUUGGCUAAUAAAGACAAGUAUGGAAAACCUAACAAGAGAAAAGGUUUCAAUGAAGGCCUGUGGGAAAUUGAGAACAAUCCAAAGGUGGAGCUAGGUGGAGAGAAGCAGAUGAUGUCGGCUGAGUCAGCGGAAGACAAAGACUCGGACAGCAGCCCUGAGGGAGAGGAGGAAGGCGAGGAUGGGGAGAGGGGGAGGAAGUCCACGGUGUCUGGCAGUGAAGCGGGUGAGGAAGAGGAGGAGGAGGAAGGGGAGAUGGAGGUAUCAGGGCAGGGGCCCCUGUUGGAGGAAGAAUCGACAGACACAUCUAAGCCAAAAAGGGGGCGAAAGAAAAAGAGUGAACCAGAGCAAGACUCAGAGAAAGAUGAGGCUGCCACCAGUCCUACUUCAAGUCCAGCUGGUGGAGACACACCUGUGCCUAAGCGGCGUGGCAGGAAGCCCAAAGCAGAGAAGUUGCUCCUCCUGCAGCAGCAGUCAUCACAUGACCCCCACGGAUCAGGCAGUGACAUGGAGACUACUGCAGAUUCUGAACGAAAAAGGAAGCGUGGAUCAGAUGACAAGAGCAAACAUCAGGAGGAAGACGAGAGGAGGGCAGAUGGCAGGAAGAGAAAGGACGAGGCGAAGAAGGAGCCAGAGGCCAAGAGGAAGAGAAACGCCAAAGAUGGGAGCUCCUCUGACUCUGAGGAUGAGGAGAAGAGCAGUGGACCAGGCAGGAAACGCAACCCGCUGAAAGCCCAGCAGAAUACAGUAGAGCCUGACAAGGAUGAGCGUCGCCGCAAGGGAGACGACACCAAAGAAUUAGGGAAAGAGGACGCAAUGAAGGACGAGCGGAAAGGAGACCGAAGGAAAGAAAUGUCCACAGAGCACCGACUGCAGAGGUUGCAUGGAGAAAUCAAGAUCUCUUUGAAGAUAGACAACCCUGAUGUGAAAAAAUGCCUGGUUGCAUUGGAUGAGCUGGGCUCUCUACAAGUCAACACCCAGCACCUUCAAAAGCACAGUGACCUGAUAGCCACCCUUAAAAAGAUCCGCAGGUUUAAGGCCAGCCAGGACAUCAUGGACAAGGCCACCAUGUUGUAUAACAAGUUCAAGACCAUGUUCCUGGUGGGUGAGGGAGACUCUGUGCUGAGCCAAGUGCUCAACAAGUCUCUGGCUGAGCAGAGGCAGUAUGAGGAGGCCAAGAAAGGAGCGCUGAAGAAAGCCGAGCAGGCCAAAGAGCAGAGCAUGGAGGGACAGGUUGCGAAUGGAGGGUCAAGCCCAGAGGUGAAGCAGCAAGAGUCUGAGCAGAGCAAAGCUGCUGAAGAGAGCCACACUGUGGAGAACAGUGUGCCAGUAGCCCAGCAGGAAUCCGGUUGAAACAAAGGCCUCUUGUGAUGAAGAGGAAGCACUGACCUCCAGGGGUCCUCCAGGCACCUGCCACGCUCCAGCACACGGUCUCCACUGGGAUCACAGCACCUCUCCUCAGAGACUAGUCCAACAGGGUUUCAUCCUCAGCAGCAUCUGUUUGCACACCACUGAAGUUUCCAGACAAAAAAAAAGAUUUGAGUAUUGAGUUGUCGGACAGAUUUGCCCCCAUGUUUAAGGAACUGGACUUCCAACAGUGAUGGUUCACCAUUAUGUUACACUGAAAGUGCUCAGAAGUUUAAAGCUCACUCAGAGGUUAUGCACAUAUCUUUUCUUCUUUGUGCCUUUUUGUUUUAUUGAAAAAAUGGCAAAAACCAUGCCAACCUUGCCAUAGUAGUAGUCCAGUUUGGACCAUUUGGCAGUUUUUGUAAGUUUUUAAGUAAAAUGCAUUGCUUUGCCUUUGCGGUCACUAGAUAUUUCGAAUGUACUUCACUUACCGUGAUGUCCAACCUGCUCUAUGCAGACAGUUAGUUGUAAGUUGUUUAGUGAAGUAGUCAGAUGGUGGUAUCCCUCAUCAUGUACUAUCUGCCUGUGGAUCAUCAUAGUAUUCAUCCCUAGUGUAGGUGUAUAUAUUUCUUGAAGUACUCUCAAAGCGAAGACAGUUUUGCCUCAGAAGUGCUACUAGAUAGACAUGCCAAAGUUCACCUUAUCAAGGAACUGCUUAUGUCUAUUCAAAUUGUCUGUUUUUAAAGCUUUCAUUUUACUGGCGUUCAUGUACUGUAAAUAAGAGUAUUUUUGUGCCCAUCUUAACUUUAACUGUUUUGUUCUCACUAAUAAAGCAGUGGUUACAUCAAAA